AUGAAAGACUUAACGUAUACAGCGUUUAAAGAGGCGGCAGAAAUACCAUUGCAUUUGGUUGAAGAGGUUCGUCAACGACUACUUGAAGAUGUGGCUCAAAAUGCACACUUAUAUCACGAAAGAGAUGUGGAUCUAAUAAAAUCGUCCAAUUGGUCGAUACAACGCUUUUUGUUAAUUAGCAAAAACAAUGUCGAAGUGGCCCUCAAAAGGAUAAUCAAUGCCUUUCAAUGGAGAAAAUCAUUUGGAGUUUUAGACAUGAGUGACAAAGAUUUUCCCAUUGAGUUGUAUCGAAGCGGAUAUUGUUUUGUUUCGGGAAAAGACUUAAACGGCGCCACUCUUCUCAUAUUCAGAGGAAAUAUUAACCGUAAAAUCAAGUCAUGGGUCCCAACGAUGAAGAGAUACUUUGUGUAUCAAAUUGAAAAAUUAGAUAAACUUAAUGAUGGAAAAGGUCUGACUUUGUUAAUGGACUGCAAGGGUGCGGGUCUUAAGAACGUGGAUUCAGAAGCCCUACAAUUCAUAACAAAUAUGUUUAAGGAUUACUAUCCGCGCCUUUUGACGGCAACAUUGAUCCAUAAGUUGCCAUCAGUUUUGGAAACUAUUCACAAAUUGGUUCAGUCGUGGCUCAGCGAAGACGAGAAAAAAUAUUUGCAUUUAACAAACACCAAAACUAUUGGCUCUUAUAUCGCAAUCGAUCAGUUGCCACACUUUCUCAAAGGGACAAACACUCAGUCGUAUCGUACGGUUCCAGUGGACGCCCCGUCAGCUCAUGAGUUGUCUAACAGAUUAGGUCUCAAAGAAGGAAAGGCUGAAAAAUUGAGUAAACACUUUGAACAAAUAUUUCCAAUACUUGACUCGUAUGGAAACAGUUUGGAAAAAGUAUCCAAAAGUCUGAUUCAGGAGUUGCGACAAAAAGCUGUGGAAAGAGUGGAAAAGAAUCCGGAAUUAUAUUACGAGAAAGACGUGGAAAAAGUGAAAUUAAACGAUUGGUUUGUCCGACGAUUUCUCCAUAAUUAUAAAUCAGAGGUUGACGUUAAUAAAGGGUUGGAAGCGUUGGAUAAAGCGCUCAAAUGGAGAAAAUCUUAUGGUGUGCUUGAUUUGAGUGAUAAAGACUUUACUAAAGAGGGUUAUAUUAGUGCCGGUGCUUUUGUCUACGGCAACGAUCGUAAUGGCUCUCCAGUAAUGAUAAUGAGGGGAAAAGUGUCCAAAAAAAUCAAGUCAUGGAUGAAAACAGCGCAUCAGUAUCUCGUCUAUAUCAUUGAAAAGGUCGACAUACAAAAUGAUGGCAAAGGGCUGACAAUACUAAUGGACUGUCGAGAGACUGGUAUAAAGAAUGCAGAUAUGGAUACACUUAAAUUUCUGCACACAGUGUUCAAUGAAUACUAUCCCGGUUUAGUGAACUCUUCGUUGGUGUAUAAGAUGCCCGUAGUAUUAGAAGCGGUUUAUAAGAUGGUGCGAUCGUGGCUUAAUGACGAACAAACCAAAUACAUCUAUGUUGUCUCCAAGAAGAACAUCAAUGACUACAUAACCGCCGAUCAAUUGCCAGACAUUCUGUUGGGCACUAAUCCUGCGCCCUAUCGUACGGUCCCGGAGGAGGCGCCCACUUCUCAUCAAUUGGCUCACAAAUUAGGAAUAAAACCAGAAAAGGCCGACAAACUUGUCAAACAUUUAGAAAAAUUUUAUGACAAUUAAAAUAUUAAUAAAUGUACAUGAAACAAUUGACUAUGAUUAUUCACU